AUGUCUGACAGGAGACUGCAGUCCUCUCACGACCACCGCCGUCGGGACCGCGAUGGCGACCGCCGUGAUCGCCGCCGCUCGCGCUCGCCGCGCACCCGCCGCCGUGACGAGCCAGAGGUAGACACCUACUCCACCAGCCGCGACUACCGCGAGCGAGAGCGCGAGGAGCGCUACGGUGGACGUGGAGGCCGCGACGACAGAGAGUGGGGCAGACCAGACCGCGGCACUGCCCGUCGAGAUGCACGCCGAGACGACGACGACCGCCGUCGCGAGCCCCGCCGCGACCGUGACGACCUGUUUGCUGAUCGUCGAGGACCACGCCGUGACGAUCGCCGUGACGGCGGCCGCGAGAGAGACCCACGUGGCCAAGAUCGCGACGACAUGCGCCAGCUCGAACGCCAGACUGCUCGCAAGAGUGCCUCUCCCCCACCACGCAAGCCCAAGGAGCCAACUCCAGACCUGACUGACGUCGUCUCGGUGUUGGAGAGAAACCGUCGUCUGACUCAGUGGGACAUCAAGCCACAAGGUUACGAGAAUGUCACGGCCGAGCAAGCCAAGCUCUCGGGCAUGUUCCCACUUCCAGGUGCACCACGCCAGCAGCCGAUGGACCCAUCCCGCCUUCAAGCUUUCAUGAACCAGCCAGGCAACCAGGCCAACAGUGCGGCUCUGAAGCCUGCCUCAGCACGCCAGUCCAAGCGUCUGAUGGUAUCCAACCUGCCACAAGGCACUAAUGAAGACAAGAUCGUCGACUUCUUCAACUUGCAGCUCAACGGCUUGAACGUCACCCGUGGAGUUGACCCUUGCAUCUCUGCCCAGACCAGCAAGCAGACCGACUUCGCACUUGUCGAAUUCAAGACUCCCGAGGACGCUACUAAUGCCCUCACCCUCGACGGCAUCCAGAUGGACCCAGACGCCAUGGUCACCAACGGCAAUGGCGAAGGCGGUCCCCAAGGACUCGACAUUCGUCGUCCAAAAGACUACAUCGUCCCAGCCGUGACCGACGAGACGGAGAAUGAAGCUGGCGUGCUUUCCAACGUCGUUCCCGACACCCAGAACAAGAUCUCCAUCACGAACCUGCCCAUCUACUUGGGUGACGAACAGAUCAUGGAGCUGCUGCAAUCUUUCGGUGAGCUCAAGAACUUCGUGUUGGUCAAGGAUACGUCUACCGAAGAGAGCAGGGGUAUAGCAUUCUGCGAGUACAAGGAUCCGAAAGUCACCAAGGACGCCGUUGAUGGCCUGCACGGUAUGGAGCUUGGCGACGCUGCUAUGAAAGUGCGUUUGGCCAGUAUCGGCCUCAAGCAGGUCAGCUCGGAGAUGAGUGUCGGUGCGAUGAGCAUGCUCGCAGGUACUACUAAGGAGGACGCUCAGGACACUGGACGUGUUCUUUGCCUCAUGAACAUGAUCACCCCAGAAGAGCUCAUGGACGCAGAGGAAGCUGAUGAAAUCCUCGAGGACAUCAAGGAAGAGUGCGCCAAGUACGGCGAGCUGGCGGAGGUCAAGAUGCCUCGUCCAACGGGCGGCUCUCGUCAAAACACCGGCAUAGGUAAGGUGUAUCUCAAGUACAAGGAGCCUUCCAGCGCGGCGAAGGCUCUGGCGGCUUUGGCUGGCAGGAAGUUUGCGGAUCGCACUGUGGUCGUCACGUACUUCGGCGAGGAGUACUUUGAUGUGAACGCAUGGUAA